UUCAGACUCAAAAAAAAGGGUGAAAAAAUUAGCUGAAUGAUUCGUAAAAUAGACGAUCCAGUGGGAUCUGAGCCCUAGCUCCAUUUUUCAACUAUUAUUCAUCAAAAAUCAGGUAUUUCCCUCCUAGUUUUGGGUGGAGAAGCAAAUCAAUUCACUCGAUCACCGUGAAGAUGAAAUUGAAGAAAAACCACUCAUGGAUGUGUUUGAACUGUAAUUGACUGCUAGAGCACAGUAAUGGAGGCGGUGGCGGAGGGGCUAUGGGGACUGGCAGACUAUCACGAGAAGAAGGGUGAAAUCGGGAAGGCCGUCAAGUGCUUGGAAGCUAUAUGUCAAAGCACAGUCUCUUUCCUACCCAUAGUUGAGGUAAAGACCCGCCUCCGCAUCGCCACUCUCCUCCUCAAGCACUCCCACAACGUCAAUCACGCCAAGGCCCAUCUCGAACGCUCCCAACUGUUGUUGAAGUCUAUUCCUUCAUGCUUCGAGUUGAAGUGCAGAGCAUAUAGCUUGUUGAGCCAGUGUUACCAUCUUGUUGGAGCUAUUCCUUCACAAAAACAGAUAUUGAACAAAGGUUUAGAACUUACUGCAACUUCUGGAAAUGGGUUUGCUUGGAGUUUAUGGUCGUGCAACUUCAGUUCACAACUGGCAAAUGCUUUGAUAGUUGAGGGAGAUUACCGGGGUUCUAUAUCUGCUUUAGAACAUGGAUAUAUAUGUGCAACUGAAAUGUGUUAUGCAGAAUUACAGAUGUUCUUUGCUACUUCUGUUUUGCACGUGCGCCUUAUGGAAUGGGAAGAUUUAAAUGUAGUCGAAGGAGCUAUCAAUAGAUGCAACGGGGUGUGGGAGUCUAUUGAACUCCACAAAAGACAGCAAUGCCUUGGUCUACUCUUUUACAAUGAGCUGCUGCACAUAUUUUAUCUACUUCGGCUAUGUGACUACAAGAAUGCUGCUCAACAUGUUGACAAGUUAGAUGCCACUAUGAAGGCGGACUUACAGCAUAUGCGACAUGUCCAGGAUCUCACUAAAGAGCUUGAUGCAUUAAAUCAAAGUCUAUCUCGGUCUGAUCUACACUACAGAGAUAGAUCAGCACUUUCAGAAAAGCAAGCUCAGCUUGAAGAACAACUUAGUAGUGUUAAUGGGGCGAGUUCAACAGCAAAAGACUCUCUGGAACCAGCAUAUUUUGGAAACGUAAGACGAGCAUGGGGUGAUAAACUUGAGUUGGCUCCUCCUCCUAUUGAUGGGGAAUGGCUGCCGAAAAGUGCGGUGUAUGCCCUGGUUGAUCUUAUGGUGGUGGUUUUUGGUCGUCCAAAAGGGAUUUUUAAGGAGUGUGGAAAGCGGAUUCAAUCUGGAAUGCUAAGCAUCCAAGCUUCGAAACCUGAAGUAUUGUGUGACAUGCAGAGGAGCUGGCGAAGCUUGGAAUCACCGAUGGUGUGA